AUGCCCGCAGGUAUCAUGGUGCAAGCUCCGACACCUUCGCCCUCGCCACCAUCCCUCAGCGACACUCGCCGCGCUUCGUUUGACUCGGCGACACCCACGGCUCGCGUAUCAAGGCAUACGCGCUCGCGCGGCGGCCAAAUCCCGCGCUCGUUCUUUGUUCUUCCUCCAGAACGUUCCACUCCCAUACCGGUGGCGCCCGAGGACAUCCUACACCAAGCGCCCAGCACAGACGAGCCUACGCCUCGCCCACGCCAUCGCCAUCCCAUCCCAAGAGAGCUUAUGAUGACCCCUCGGCCUCGGCCGGUCUCGGCAGAUGCGGCACAAUUCUCUAUCGAAGGUCAGGUUCGCGGCUCCCGCUCUGUGACUAUGCCGGCUUCUACCAGUACACCCGUACUUCCUCUCAAGCUCCGCAAUGGCAAGCCGUUGAAGUCCUCGCUCAAGUCGUCUGUGCGUCCUCAACUACCGCUCACGGUCGUAACGACGCCUGGGGAGCCAUCGACUGGCGGAAGCAAAAGCGCACCAGCUACUCCGUACAAGGCCGUCCAUUUCGACGCGAAGCUCGAGCAUGUCAAACUCUUUUUGGCGGAACAAAAACCGCUCGCGGUUUCUCGCGAUGGCAGUCCUACCGAUGACUUUGAUACCACAAGCGCGGACGAAUUCCCUGCAUUCAUAUACGGCCGGGAUAAAGGCAAGCUCGCCAUGCAACGCUUGAACUUCCCAGAAGCUCCAGCAGAAGGCUCGUCGGCGGAUGUGAUCCUGGAGUCAGUCACCCUCGCAGCGGAUAUCCAGGCCAUCAACGGUGUCGUUCGCGUCAAGAACUUGGCCUUCGAGAAGUGGGUGGCGAUACGUUUCACGCUCGACGACUGGCAGACCACGUCUGAGGUCACGGCGCGCUACCUCUCUGGUGUACCGGGGAAGCCUGACUUCGACCGCUUCGCAUUCGUGAUCAAGUUGCACGACCUCCUCCCUGGGCGUGAGCGUUCGCUCAUGUUUGCCAUCCGGUAUACGGUACUCGGGCGCGAGAUUUGGGACAGCCUUGGCGGACAGAACUACCGCUUGCGGUUCUACCACGAGCCUGCCGCAUUGCCAAAGGCCCCCAAGACACUCUCGCCGCAACCCAAGUCCGUGGCUGAGCGCCAGGUUGAGGAUCUCCGCUCAAGGCUCGAGGCCGUGGUGCGGAAACAGCAAGACGGAUCUGAGGAUGAACGUCCGCGCAACAAGGAGACCGUUGGCUCGCUCCUCGCGCAACACUCGAGGCAACGCUGGCAGGGCUCAUUCUCACUCUCGCCCUCUCCCGUGGGCACGCCUCGUGAGGACCACGAGUCGCUCCCGCCGCUUCGCUUCCGCAAUGGUUCGCCCCUCGGCUCGCGCUAUAGCUUCACGGAUGCACUUCGUGAGGCGAGGUCGCCCUCGCCAUCCAAGCCUGCUCAUACGCGUACGAACACCUUCCCGGGCGUUUCGGGUACCGUUCAGUGGCCUCGUCGCGAAUCGCCCCCUCCAACGCAGUCGGUGUCCAAGCCGCGCAUGGAGAUGCCCUUGUCGCCUCCACCUUGCCGGCCGGCGGCGGGGUAUGGCUCGCCGCGUGAUGCACCCGACUACCCCUCGGUUCGUGUCACUGACGACGAAGAGGACGAGGUAAACACGCAGCCGUUCGCACGGCGCUCGGCUCCACGCAUGCACUCGCGCGGUGGCGGAUACUUCGACCUUACGAAGUCGAGUGCCCGCUUGACGCCCCCGGCCACGCCGCUCAGCGAGCCGCAGCUCCUGCCGCCGCGCCUCAGCAUGAGCCCGAGCCCGAGCCCUGAAACGAGCUCGACGGAUCUGCCGGAGACGCCCUCGCAGAGCAGUACGGAUGACGAGAGCCAUGACGGGGUUGAGGACCUCGAUGCCGACAACAUUGACACUCCCGCUACACCUCGGGCCGGUUACGCGCGCUUCACGUUGGGCGCUCCGCCGCGUGCGAAGUCGGUCAGCCCGACGCCCACGCUCCGCGGCCGCGCUCAGACGCCGCUGCUCAGCCCCGGGUGGCGCAUGCCGCAGCUCGAACGUACGUCUAGCGAGGACAGCCAGUUGUCGGAGUUGAGCACCUCGGAGAGUAUCUCGGAACCGGCUUCGUCGUUGGUCAGCCCCACGGAGUUGACGCCUCGCUCGUCGUUCAUGGGCAAGCCAGAGGAAGAGCGUCGGUCUGAGUCACCCAUGAACCAUCUUGGCGACUACGCUGUGUUGUUGAACAAGUUCUGCUUCUUUACGGGUGACGCGUCCCAAAUCCCACGGGACUCUUCUUCCUCCAGCGUUGAGGAUCUCUUCACGGGUGCUUCGUCACGUCUUGAGAACGCGUACCCCCGUACAUCGCCGCAUUACUCGCCAACGACGAGUGGUGCAGCUACUCCUGUUGCCGCAGCCUGA